AUGGAAGAAACACGCAGUGACUCCCCCGGUGAUACGAAUCGUCAAGAACAGAAUUCUAAAACUUCUUUUUUGAUUGAGGACAUUUUGUACCGAGGACAGAGACAGUUUAAACAGCCAGAUCCCAGGAGAUUCGAUUAUGAGAGAGAACCAAAAUAUUUUCCUGUGUCAAACGAAAUAAGGCCUGUGCCGAGGGAGGGCUCUUAUUUGCAAGUUAUGGGGGCCCUAGGAGCUUAUUUACACACUCCAAACACGUAUAAGGCUGUUGAGACGCCGUACUUUCUUUCUCAAGGGGUCCCAUACCACGCGCUGUUCACACCGUCGGAGCUUUCUCUUUCCGCGCUGAAACAUUGCAGACGAAGAAAAGCAAGAACUGUCUUCUCAGAUCCACAACUAACUGGUCUUGAAAAGCGGUUCGAAACCCAGCGUUACCUAUCGACUCCUGAGAGAGUAGAACUGGCUGGUGCCCUCAACCUCUCAGAGACCCAGGUGAAGACCUGGUUCCAGAAUAGAAGAAUGAAGCACAAGAAACAGAUGAGGAAACAGCAGCAGCAGAGAAAUUCCGUAGCUGUGGACUUCACGACAAAACAUCCAUCACAAGCAGCGGUAAGAAAGGUAUUUGAGGAUUCACGUAUAUCGACAACACAGACAUCGGAAUCUGAAACGGAACAUAGUGACAGCGACAUCGAUAUAGUCGGCGAAUCGAACUACGUACAACACUACACCGGCUCGUAA